UCGAUCAGGUCUAUGGAAUAUGUUGUUCGAUGUCGGUAAAAUAAAUAAAUUGGGCAAAUCGAAACCAUUCCAUCAUCAGAUUUUGACCGAUAGUGUUUCAAUAUCCAUAAUGUACAAGAAACCACAGCGACAACAACGACCACAGCGACAACAACGACCACAGCAAACAACCCAAGCGAAUCGGGGGCCGGAAAAACUCAUUGGCAAGAAAUACAUCAUUGGAAUCGAUCCGAAUGAAAAAUCGUGGUUAACUGUAGUGCGUCGCAACAUUCAAAAAACACCUGAUGAGCCGGCUGUUGAGGAAAACAUUAUAAUACCAAACCAGCGUUUUCAUUGGGAAACUCAGCAGAAAAAACGAGACAAAGAAGCGAAAAAGUUGGCUGGAUGGUUUGAUAUCGAAGAGAAGGAACAUCUCAAAACAUACCCAUAUCGUCCACCAUCACCACGUAAUUCAACAUGGAAAUCAUACAUUGAAUAUCGCAUUAAAAUGUUACGAAAAGGAAUGGCAGCUUAUGCGACGCGUGAAUAUGCACGACUGGAUUUAGACCAUCACAUUCGCUCGACCAGAGUAAAUGAUCAAAUCGCCGUGUGUGUGACAAACAACAAACCGUCGUUGGUUCAAUUUGGUGCUUGGGCGAUGAAACCCGAUCGACCGUUUGGAAUAAAAAAGCGUAAAAGAUGUCCGGGAUCGCGUAUGUUUCGUGUGAGCAUUAAGAAACUUGGACAUUCAGAAGUUGAAAUGCAAGAUGAAUGGGGAACAUCACAAACAUGCGCGAAUUGUCAGGAACGUUUUCCAAGGCACACAAAAGAUGAUCGAUUUAAAGUGUGCUACGAUUGUAGAGCGAAAAAGAUUGAUGGCCUGCCAGAUUCAGUCGCUGGACUGCCAGAUAUCAUUGUGUCAACGGUCAACAGACGUGUUUUGAGAAGAAAACGUGCAAUUAUUAAGCGACAAAUUAUCGAUGGCAAUCGUGAGGCUGUGAACGAAAAACUUCGGACUGGGCGUUUAAUGUCAAAGGUUAAAGUUACCUACAAAAAUUGGCCAUUAAAUGUUGAUGAUGAUGAUGUUGUUCCACAAACAGUUACUUGGCACCGAGAUAUUGUUGCAGCAAAAUGCAUUAUGCUCAAAGGUAUGAAUCAAUUGGAAACAGAAUAUUCAUUAUUUAAUGUAUUUGCUUUAAAUUACAUAGGACUUUGCCGGAUCUUUGAUGUACCAUUGCCAGUUUCAUUGUUAAGACCGCCGGACUAAAACAACAAUGUCAACUAACAAACAUCAUCAAUUAAUCAUACAUUCAAAAAAUUACAUAAAAUAAAAUAUUUUAACUAUUAUAGUUAGCGUAGCUAGACAUGAACAGACUAUAUAAAGUCUUGUGGUCUAGUUGUACAAUAGUACAACAUUGU